GCGAGGCUUGAUCAGGUAGUCAUGUCGGAACAUCACAGAGGCAAUUGGGGCGGUAGGGAAGACGGGAUGUGGUGGUCUGGAGCGGUCGCCGCUGAUCAGCAGACCCUGCAGCAUCACCAGCACAUGCUGCACCAGCAGCAAUUGGCGGCGGGGCAGCCACCCCCACAACAGCAGCAGCCCCCAUCCCAAGCCCCUCAGCAGCAGCAGUCGCAGCAGCAACAACAGCAGCAGCAAAUUAGCACGGCAGCCCCGACUCAGCAAGAGCAAAUAUUUUCCUACAAAAUGGCCAGUAGCUUCCAGAAUCCCGCGACCACCAUCUCGAAUGUGUCUUCCACGUCCCCGGUCGGGGCGGCGGGUAUUAGGGGUUAUGAUUAUAGACUCGGGGGCGGCAUGGCGGGCGGAAAUCCGGCGAUGAGCGCGCCAGCGCCUGCCGCCCAAUGGUGGUAUCCUAGUGCAAUGGACAAUUCUAUGCAAAGUAAUAACAUGCAGCAGCCUCAAAAUAACGGACAAAACAAUAUGCAACAACCGAACAAUCCUAAUAUGCAAAAUAUGCAACCUGUACAUACUCCUCCUCCAGUGUCACAGUCCCAGCAGCAGGCUAACUUUGCAGAGGCUCAAAGGCAAGAAGUACAGAGACAACAGGCAGAGGCGCAUCAUAGACAGCAAGUCGAGGCGCACGAAUUGCACAGGCAAGCCGUUGAAGCAGCACAUAGGCAACAGCAGGCUAAUCACCAGAAUCAGUUGCACAGUCAGCAGACGCAGGGCCAUCCACCUGUCGCAAAUCAUCAGCUGAAUCAUCAUCAGAUAACAGCGGUACAUCCACCUGUACCUCACAAGACCAGAAUGCCGCGUGGUAAAGCUGAUGCUAGACCCAGGGGUCGCAUGACCGCCUACGCCUUCUUCGUUCAAACUUGCCGCGAGGAACACAAGAAGAAACACCCAGAAGAGAACGUUGUAUUUGCCGAGUUCUCGAAGAAGUGUGCUGAAAGAUGGAAGACAAUGGUUGAUAAGGAGAAGAAGCGUUUCCAUGAGAUGGCCGAGAACGACAAGAAGCGUUACGACCUGGAGAUGCAACAUUACACACCACCCAAGGGUGAGAAGCAAAGGGGAAAGAAAAGGAAGCAAAUCAAGGAUCCUAAUGCUCCCAAGAGAUCUCUAUCCGCUUUCUUCUGGUUCAGCCACGAUGAGAGGGGUAAGGUCAAGGGCGCUAACCCCGAAUACGGCGUUGGUGAUAUUGCCAAAGAAUUGGGAAGAAGAUGGUCAGAUGCAGAUCCGGAGACCAAAUCAAAGUACGAGCAGAUCGCCGACAAGGACAAGGCUCGCUACGAGAAAGAAAUGACUGCUUACAAGAAGAAAAACAAUCCUCUCAUGGUGCAACAGCCGGCACCUGUACCUGAACCGGAGGAGGAGGAGGAAGAAGAGGAGGAAGUAGAAGAAGACGAGGACGAUUAAUCAUAAAGAAGAAACGAAAGUCUAAGUCACCUCUCGCGCAUCGCCUUCAUUCAUUCCUUUGAUAUAUUGUACAUAUAUAGCAGUGUUGUGUUCUCAUAUUUUUACAUGCGUCUGUUUGAUUGAGCGUACUUACAAGGCAAAAAACAACAACAACCAAUUCAAACAACAAAAUUAUUAGUAUAUAUAAUUAUAUAUAAACUGAAUGUGUGAAUGAUUCUCUCGAAUGAUUCGUGAACCGUCUCAAAACAGCAAAAUUAAUUAAACUUCUUAUAACUUAAUAAUGAGAAGACUGUUUUUUUAUCAUUAGGCUGGACCACACUCAGCGGAACAGCUGAGGAAUAGGAAAUGUUUAUAUAUUUCAUUACAUAAAUAUCGAGUCAAAUUUUCAUUUAACGUUACUUAUCUAUAUAUUAUUUUUUUAAUUAUAUUCGUUUAACCGAUGUCUCGAGAGACCCAUGAAUAGAGCGCUUGUCGUCAUCUAGGAGGAAUUGUAUUUUGUUGUCAAUACUUUAAUUUAAUUUUUGUUUUACUUCUUUAAGACGGGUUCAAUUUAAAUUCUCAUAUAUCCCCUUACAAAAAAAACAUGCAUACAUCCACCCCAGCCCCCCGAUUCACGUUGACACACAAAAAUAAAAAACUUUGAUGGCAAUCCCCCCAUUGCUUUUCGCACGUUUGGACGAAAGAGCAAAAGAAGAGGCGAAACAAUUGAUCAGGUGAGUACAUUUAGUUCAAAUUGUGCAAUAAAUGGAGAAGUGAUAUAAGUACAAAUAACUUUCGAGAUAUAUUUCAUAUUUUUCUUUUAAUAUUUAUUGCCACAAUUGGAAGUAGAUGUGCCGCAUCGGAUUGCCUAAGAAAGUAUUUUCUUAUUUGUAUUUUAUAUUUUUUUUUCUCUAAUUAGCGACGGCAUACGUAACACUAUGUAUGUAUGAUGUACACGCGUCGCUCGUAAUCUUUAGGUUUUAAUUGUUCGUUUGUUUAUAUAUUUUUUGAGAGAAA